ACACUUUCAAAACAAAAUGUAGAUCGUCGUGCAGUAGUUGUUAUCAAAAGAUUGCUGCUAUCAUGGAUGUGAAUUGGAUGGACGAUGACGAAGACCUAGUGGCGGCCUUGGCUAUGCACGAAGAGCAGAAGAGCGAGGAUGCCGAUGGAACACGUUGGGAACAUUGCGACGAAGCCUGCGAUGGUUUCGAUAUGGCCACAGGACACAACUGGAUUUAUCCAAACAACCUGCCCCUACGAUCCUAUCAACAAACCAUCGUCCAAUCGGCGCUGUUCAAAAACACCCUGGUGGUGUUGCCCACGGGAUUGGGAAAGACCUUCAUUGCGGCGGUGGUUAUGUACAACUUUUACAGGUGGUAUCCAAAGGGAAAGAUUGUGUUCAUGGCACCCACAAGGCCCCUGGUCUCGCAGCAGAUCCACGCAUCCCAGAAGAUCAUGCCCUUUCCAUCUGAAGACACGGUGCAGCUAACAGGCCAACUUCCUCGACCCAAACGAGCUGAGCUGUGGGCCUCCAAGCGGGUCUUCUUCGCUACGCCGCAGGUGGUGCACUCAGACAUGCUGGAAGCUGAUGGCGAAUGCAGCUUUCCCUUUGGGUCCAUCAAGUUGAUAGUGGUGGAUGAGGCGCACCGGGCCAAAGGUCGCUAUGCCUACACCCAAGUGGCCGACUGUCUGAUGGCACGUAACAGGUAUUUCCGGAUGCUUGCCCUGUCCGCUACACCAGGAAGAACCAUGGAGGAUGUGGCAGCUGUGUGCCGAAACCUAUACAUUUCCAAUCUGCAAGUGCGCUGGGACACCUCGAUCGACGUGCAGCCCUACAUACACAGGCGGACGAUUCGAACCAUAGUGGUCUCCCUGAAGGAGAGAAUCAAGGAGCCGAGAGAACGAUUGCUGCAGAUCAUCGAACCAUACCUACGCCAGCUUAUGGAAGCUGAGAUUUUUAAAGGCAACAAGGGAACCGUGAGCAGAAAUAGUUUGCUCUUUGAGCAGAAAAGCUUCGUCGAACGAUCGGCGCAAGGCCAGCGGCAUCCGGAUCACAACAUAAUAAUGGGCAACUUCGCCAUGUGCAUCAGCAUGUACCACUCGCUGGACCUAAUGGAGCGUCACGGUCUUCGCGUCUUCGUGAACAAUUUCGAUGCAGACGACGACGGGCGAGAGAAAUUUGUACUGGCCAGAGAUGGUAAUCUAAGGAAUUUGGUGGAGCAGGUCCGCCAAGAACUCGGUGCCAAUCCCCUAGAUUACACCACGCAUGCCAUGACGAAUGGAGAAGUGCCGCCUUUGCCAUCUGAUCUAGACUUUGGACAUGCCAAAUAUGAGAAGUUGCGACAGGUGUUGGUGCAACACUUUCAGGCAAACCCCGAUUCCCGCGCCAUUGUUUUCUGCGAGUACCGUGAAUCCGUAAUGCUGAUUCACCGGCUACUCCUUCAACACAGACCGGUGCUCCGUCCGCGCUGUUUUGUUGGCCAGGGCAGCACAGUUGGAGCAAGCUAUGCUCUCACCCAGAAACAGCAGCUGCAGAUAAUGACCGACUUUCGAUCCGGCACUAGCAACGUUCUGGUGGCCACGUCGAUCGGAGAGGAGGGCUUAGACGUCGGCGAGGUGGAGAUGAUUGUGUGCUUCGACAUUUGCAGCACUAAUCCCACUAGAUUUAUUCAGCGGAUUGGGCGCACUGGAAGGAAGAAGAAUGGAGAGGUGGUUAUGCUAGUGACCGAAGGACGAGAACAGCAGGUGCUUAAGGAUGUUCUGGCCAACAAGGAUCAAAUCAACAAGAAGCUAUUGAAUUCGUCCGUUGUUAAAUUGUCGCUUUAUGAGCAAAAUCCUCGAAUGGUGCCAUCAAAAUUUCAACCAAAAUGCGAGGAGAAACACAUGGAGCCAGUUGCUGAGGAGAAACCCAAGCCGAAGUCGGCAGCCAAGACGAAAGAAUCCAGGAAGCGGAAGCAACCAGUUGCACAGACUGGUAGCCUAAGGAAAUACUUCAAAGAAAGUCCUCCAACGGAGAGUCAGCAAGGAAUAUUGCAGGGAAUAAAACCCUACCAAAUGAGCGAAGCUUCACAGCAAUUGGUUAAGCAGCAAGUUCUACGGCGCAGCGUAACUCUGAAGAACUUCUUUGGGGAAUCUCAGGCCAGCUCAACGUUAACCAGCAGUCAGGAAGAUGUGCAACGCCUCCGAAAACUUACUCGCCUUCUGCAGUCAAGCAAGCCAUUUGUUUCGGACUCCAAGGAUCUUAUGAGCCAUCUGCAGGACGAUCACUUACCCAGGCAAAUAAAGCUCUACUUACUCAAAAGUAAUCCCGAAUUUCUGAGGGAAACCCAUUUGAAGAUGCAAGUCCAGAGCGAGUUGAAUAUAGCUGAUGAUCGCUUAAAUAGUCGGCAGCGACGCACUAAAAAUAAUUAUCAACUGCUUCUGGACAUUUGCGACGGAAUGGACCAGAUGAAUGAGCUUCUUCAAGGGGAUAAUAGUGGAGCAGAGAUUAGCUUCAGGGAUGAACUAAAUCCUAUUUAUAAUCAAAGUCCCAAAAAGUUCGAUACCAUUUGUGAACAGAUUUUCGAUGGUCUGAAUGAGCAUGGCCUAAACUCGAACAAUUUUGAACUGAAGCAAGAUCUUUUAGAGAAACUUGAGCUUCGCAAUCUGGAAACCACAGUAAACGAGCAACUGGGUGGCAUUGAAGCUUCCUGGUCAGAAGAGGAGUGGGACCAACAGGAGGAAGACGUGAAAUUUGAGUCUAUGUACCUAAGCCAGCAAUUGAACUUACCAGACGCGAAUGUUGUCCCCCAUAGCUCAACGCCGCUCAGGGUCAAACCCUUGAGCAAAUUAAUGUUUAAAACCCUGCAGGGCGAUAUUGAAGAGGAGUAUCAUUCCGGGAUGGAAGCUAGUGAAUUGGGGGACAACUUAGGUCGCCUAAAUUCACUGAUGAACGCAAGUGAAUCGAAGAUUAAAGCGACUGAAAGAAUUGCACCUAUUCCUGUAGUAGACUCUACAAUUGAGACAAAUCACUUUCCAGCCGUGGAAGAAAGUCAAAGAUCAACUCCUAUUUCCAUUGCAGAUUCUUCAGGUGAAUCAAAUCACUGUGCUGUUAAUAAAAAUAGUGAGAUAUAUCCAAUGAGCAUAGAUGAGACGAAAGUAGAAGUUAAGUCCUCUUUAAAUCUGAAAAUGCACGCAGAAUCCAUUGUAGAAGAUUUGGAUAUCGACUUGGAUGAUUUUCUAGAGCCAAUGGACAAGGAACUGGAAUUAGCCUCCCAGACAAAAGGGAAGUCGCAAGAGAACAUCGUAGAUCACCAGAUGGAAAAAUUGGAGAAAAACUGCGAGCAGAAAGAAACAGCACACAACAAUGACCUUGAUCUAACGGACGAGGACUUGAAAGAAUUUCUAGAGCCGAUGGUGGAGGAAGUGGAGUUGAUGAGCCAAAAAAAGGCGAAUGACUUCAAGGAUUUUCUCGAGCCAAUGCCAGAGGAGUUAGAGCUAAUGAGCCAGCAGAAGAAAAACAUACUGCUUCCAAGUACAGAAACAAUUAAAAACUCAGAAAAUAAAAACUCACAUGAGGAUGGCUCAAGAACCGUUUCGCCAGAUAUCUUUGGAUCUGACUCCAUGUCACCUUUGAAGCCCCAAGGAAAAAGUCUGGCCGCAAAAUUGGCAGCCAAGGCAGCAGCAAAGGUUUUGCCUUGCCCACCGCCGAAUUCAGUAGGUCUUAAUUCGCCGGAGAACCGGAAACGUACCAAUCCUUCUAUCCAGGAAAAGUCUCCAAGUAUCUUUGAUCUAUAUUUAAAUCGAAUGCGGGGUCGUGGUCGUCUUGCUAAAGCUGCGGAGAAUCUUCACCGUAUAACUUCAACGAAUCCUACAAUCUCAGUACCUAAAGACGAAGAGGAUUCUCCUAUUGCGCGGCGUCCAUCCAAACGAAAGAUUGUUAUAAGUUCCGAUGAGGAAGAGGAGCAGAAGCCACAGAUUGCGGAAACCCAAGUGGAUUGCGAGUCCGAUGAUUACGAGAGAAUUCUUGACACGCAAAUGCCUGAUCCUCGUAAGACUCCAACGAGACCUCGACACAAACGCAGUAAAUUCAAUUCCUUUAUUUUGGAUGAGGCUGAAAAAAGCGGAUCGGACCAUGAGGAGGAAGGGGAGACUACCAUAGGCACAUAUCUGAAGGACUCCAUGAUCGUUUCAAGCGAUGAUGAGGACCAUAACGACACAAACACUCAUGCUAUUUACCUUCGUGCACUCAAGAGCCCCAUUCAAAGGCCAGGUGCCUUCAAGAUGCCCCCUCCACGAGUUUUUCGCGACGAAUCGCACAUAUUUUCUCAGCCAGUGGAAGACGAUUCCUCGCAGUACAUGCAAUGCUCAUUUAUCGUUGAUGACGAAAGCUCCACGAUUGAAAGAGGGCAUGAUGUCUCCGAAUGUCCUCUUGAGAAAGCGGAACGUAUUCUAAAGGAGCGAAGAAAGCAACGUCGACUAGGUAAGGUGCCUUCCGCUCCGGUUAAUAAACGACGCCGAUUACAAACCAUAAGCACCUCUAGCGAUGAAGAUGAUGUUGUUUUAAUUGAUUAAACGCUACGUCACUUCCCAGUGCCAUUGCAUUAAAUAGUUUGUGAUUUGUUAAAAUGUUUCCGAUUUUAUUUCGUUUAAUAAUCUUGUAGAUUUAUGUGAAUACGUGAUACAGAUCUUUAUAAGUCCAAUUGAUUGUUAAUAUUUUUAACUCAAGCGAAUACAAUAAUUUAACUAGGUUACAUUGUUUUAG